AUGCCACCCAGAUUCCUUCGAGGUAGAGGCAAAGGACCCGUGACAGGUCAUGAUCACGAAGCCGGGCCUUCGCACCGGCGAACCCCAUCCAUUACUAUGAGCACCAGCCCGCAAGAGCCCUGGAGACUCUAUGUCGAACCAGGAAGGCGAUCAGUAUCCCUUAGCUCCUCUCCUUCGUACCAACAUUCAUUUGGGCCCAAUUCUGAAAACGAGCCCAAUAACCAGCCUCCAGCUUUCAUACCUCUCCAAAGAUCAAAUUCUCACCAUUCUUUUGGCAGCCCAACACCCGUCUUCCAAAGCCGGUUUAACCCGGCUAACCUUUUGCCUGAACCCAUGGGUUUUAACCCACUCGGACCGGGAGACCACUUUCCAGAGGAGAACGACAUGGAUGAGGAUACUGACCCCGUGGAGCCAGCAUCAGGAACGCCGAACCAUCCCAUCGAGAUAUCAGAUGGGUCAUCAUUUCAUGGAUCGCCAUAUCGUGGUCCAGACAGCUACGAGGAAAGGUUCCGAAACAUUGACUGGUACUUCACACCGUCUGAACACUCGCAUCAUGAGCAGCAACAGGAUCCUUCAGUGGGUCAUCAAUUUGUGGCAGUCACGCCACCGCCGCCACCGCCAGUAGAGCCGCAGCAGCCGCCUCCGGAGCCACCGAGGCGAAGAAGUGGCAGCCACUAUCCCCCACUUCAGGAGGAAGAAGACCCAUAUGAUGGUGGUCCGUCAAGCCCCAUACCAGAUGUCAACUCAGUACCUGUGGUACCACCUCUGGGUUUCGAUAACCCGAUUCCUGCAUAUGCUGGGUCAGCGGCGUACAACCCAUUUGAGCAGACGGCACAUACCCACUACAACUACAACUACGGUUAUGCAGAGGUAGAUCCAUACCUAGUAGCUCGGGAUUACAAUGCUCUUCAUCCUGAAGGACCAUAUGGAGGGCCAUGGACUACGGGUUACCCGACUUAUGGGUACCAGCAUCAGCCACCUCCUCCGCCGGUGUAUCAGCCGCCUCAGCCACCGAUUCAACAGGAAGUCCUUGAGAGGCUGAGCCAAGUCGAACAAGAAGUUCGUGAAGACCGCAAAGAGCGGCAAGGAUUCUUCAAGGGGCUGUCAGAUUUGCUUAAGGGGAAAUCGAAGAGGAGGGGUCAUUGA